UCCCUGGGACUCCUGGGACCACAGCCCAGAUGCAGGGUGGCUGGAGGGAAGUGAAAGGCGAACUCCGUCGGGGCCUGGUUGGGCGAGACCCCCCGUCUCCCACUCUCCUGGACCUCUGACGGCCAUGGCCGCGGCCCAGCAGCUGCGGGCUGAGAGCGACUUCGAGCAGCUUCCCGACGACGUGGCCGUCUCAGCCAACAUCGCUGACAUCGAGGAGAAGAGGGGCUUCACCAGCCACUUUGUUUUCGUCAUCGAGGUGAAGACGAAAGGGGGAUCCAAGUACCUCAUCUACCGCCGCUACCGCCAGUUCCACGCCCUGCAGAGCAAGCUGGAGGAGCGGUACGGGCCCGAGAGCAAGACCAGCGCCCUCCCCUGCAACCUGCCCGCCCUCCCAGCCAAAGUCUACAUGGGUGUGAAGCAGGAGAUCGCCGAGAUGCGGAUACCUGCCCUGAACGCUUACAUGAAGAGCCUCCUCAGCCUGCCCAUCUGGGUGCUGAUGGACGAGGACGUCCGCAUCUUCUUCUAUCAGUCGCCCUACGACUCGGAGCAGGUGCCCCAGGCGCUCCGCCGGCUCCGCCCACGCACCCGGAAGGUCAAGAGCGAGUCCCCGCAAGGCACCGGCUUAGACCGCUUGGCAGCUCCGAGAGCAGAGGCCCUGUUUGACUUCACGGGGAACAGCAAGCUGGAGCUGAAUUUCAAAGCUGGAGAUGUGGUCUUCCUUCUCAGUCGCAUCAACAAAGACUGGCUGGAGGGCACUGUCCGGGGAGCCACCGGCAUCUUCCCGCGGUCCUUCGUGAAGAUCCUCAAGGACUUCCCCGAGGAAGACGACCCCACCAACUGGCUGCGCUGCUACUACUAUGAGGACACCAUCAGCACCAUCAAGGACAUUGCAGUGGAGGAAGACAUCAGUAGCACCCCGCUCUUCAGGGACCUGCUGAAGCUCAUGAGGCAGGAGUUCCAGAGGGAGGACAUCAGCUUAAAUUACCGGGACGCUGACGGGGACCUGGUUCGGCUGCUCUCAGAUGAGGAUGUGCGGCUCAUGGUGAAGCAGGCCCAAGCGCUCCCCUCCCAGAAGCGCCUCUUCCCCUGGAAGCUGCACAUCACCCAGGAGGACGACUACAAGGUCUACAACACAGUCCCCUGAGCUGAUGGUGUCCCCGGGCAGGGAGGGGACACCUGACGAAACUUCCCUUUAAGAGAAAUUAAACAGACCUUGCCACGUCUGCUCACACAAA